UCUAUCCGCCACCUCCAAAACGGCAAACCCACGCGCCUCGCCUGCGCACACUAUCCGCACCGCACCACCGCAACGAGGGAAACAAAAAACCGUGACGAAAAAAAAACCAAACCAAGGGGAAAAACCCUCCCGUGUUCUCCGAUCGGCGGUGCGGCGAGAUGAGGGGGACGAAGCGGCCGCUCGGCGCGGUGAUGGCGUGGGUGCGGCGGCAGCCGCCCAAGGUGAAGGCCUUCCUGGCCGUCGUCGCCGGCAUGGCGGCGCUCGUCUUCAUCCGGUUCAUCGUCCACGACCACGACAACCUCUUCGUCGCCGCCGAGGCCGCGCACGCGCUCGGCAUCGGCGUCCUCAUCUACAAGCUCACCAAGGAGAAGACCUGCGCCGGACUAUCCCUCAAGUCUCAGGAUUUAACUGCGUUGUUUCUAGCUGUCAGACUAUACUGCAGCUUUGUUAUGGAGUAUGAUAUCCAUACUGUACUAGAUACUGCUACACUUGUGGCUACACUUUUUGUAAUUUACAUGAUUCGGUUCAAAUUGAGAUCAACUUAUAUGGUGGACAAGGACAAUUUUGCAUUGUAUUAUGUGGUGGUACCUUGUGCUGUGCUAGCACUACUUAUUCAUCCUUCAACAUCUCAUAACAUUGUGAACCGUAUCAGCUGGGCAUUCUGUGUUUACUUGGAAGCUGUCUCAGUUCUGCCACAAUUGCGUUUGAUGCAGAACACAAAGAUUGUUGAACCGUUCACAGCUCACUAUGUGUUUGCAUUGGGGGUUGCAAGGUUUCUUAGCUGUGCCCACUGGGUUCUUCAGGUAUUGGAUACUCGUGGUCGCUUGCUGACUGCUCUGGGCUAUGGCUUGUGGCCAUCUAUGGUGCUUCUGUCAGAAAUUGUGCAGACAUUCAUCCUUGCUGAUUUCUGCUACUACUAUGUGAAGAGUUUGGUCGGUGGGCAGCUGGUGCUACGGCUUCCAUCUGGGGUGGUGUAAGAAUUGUAGAAGGAUACAGAACUUCCUACUUCACCCAUUUUUAUGUACUCUGAAUAACAGUAAUGUUUUAGUGCCUGACCUUCUGUGUCUCCUAUCAAGUUUGAGACCGGAGUCUUUUUGCUUAUAUUUUGAGGUUUAACUAUUAAUGACAAAAGUGCACCAGAUUCGUCUUAAACAUAGGUCGUUGAUGUGACUGUCUAUACUUGCGAUAUUGCGUAUUUGCUGAUACUUGAUUCUGCUAAGUAUCUAGCUGCGCAGUAAAUGGUGAUGAUGGUCGUAAUUUUACAAUCGGAAGUUGAUGAUGAACUGGUGAUGGUGUCUUUUGAUUAUUUCGUAUUUG